CCCAGCGGGCGCCAGCCACUCAGAUCGCUGCUUGUUGGUAUGUGCAGCGGCAGUGGCCGCCGACGGAGCAGUCUGAGCCCGACGAUGAGGCCGGGGACUGGAGCCGAGCGUGGAGGCCUCAUGGUGAGUGAAAUGGAGAGCCAACCUCCCUCGCGGGGUCCCGGGGACGGGGAGCGGAGAUUGUCCGGCUCAAACCUGUGCUCCAGUUCUUGGGUCUCUGCUGACGGCUUCCUGAGGAGACGGCCCUCGAUGGGGCAUCCUGGCAUGCAUUACGCACCAAUGGGGAUGCACCCUAUGGGUCAGAGAGCAAACAUGCCUCCCGUACCUCAUGGAAUGAUGCCACAGAUGAUGCCCCCUAUGGGAGGACCUCCAAUGGGACAAAUGCCUGGAAUGAUGUCUUCAGUAAUGUCAGGAAUGAUGAUGUCUCAUAUGUCUCAGGCUUCCAUGCAACCUGCCUUACCGCCUGGAGUAAACAGUAUGGAUGUAGCUGCAGGUGCCGCAUCUGGUGCAAAAUCAAUGUGGACAGAACAUAAAUCACCCGAUGGAAGGACUUAUUAUUAUAAUACUGAAACAAAACAGUCUACCUGGGAAAAACCAGAUGAUCUUAAAACACCUGCUGAGCAACUCUUGUCUAAAUGCCCGUGGAAAGAGUACAAAUCUGAUUCUGGGAAGCCUUAUUACUAUAAUUCUCAGACAAAAGAGUCCCGCUGGGCCAAACCCAAGGAACUUGAGGAUCUUGAAGGAUACCAGAAUACCAUUGUUGCUGGAGGUCUUAUUACAAAAUCAAACCUGCAUGCAAUGAUCAAAGCUGAAGAAAGCAGCAAGCAAGAAGAAUGUACUACAACAUCCAUAGCCCCAGUUCCUACAACAGAAAUUCCUACCACUAUGAGCACCAUGGCUGCUGCAGAAGCAGCAGCUGCUGUUGUUGCAGCUGCUGCAGCAGCUGCUAAUGCCAAUACUUCCACCACACCUACUAAUACUGUCGGAAGUGUUCCAGUUGCUCCUGAGCCUGAAGUUACUUCCAUUGUUGCUACUGUUGUCGAUAAUGAAAAUUCAGUCACUAUAGCCAAUGAAGAACAAGCACAGAUUGCUAAUACCACGGCUAUUCAAGAUCUAAGUGGUGACAUGUCCAGUAGUGCUGGAGAAGAACCUUCUAAACAAGAAACUGUAACCGAUUUUACUCCUAAAAAAGAAGAGGAAGAGAGCCAACCUGCAAAAAAAACAUAUACUUGGAAUACAAAGGAGGAGGCAAAGCAAGCAUUUAAAGAAUUAUUGAAAGAAAAGCGGGUACCCUCCAAUGCUUCAUGGGAACAAGCUAUGAAAAUGAUCAUUAAUGAUCCUCGGUACAGUGCGUUAGCAAAGCUGAGUGAAAAAAAGCAGGCUUUUAAUGCCUAUAAAGUUCAGACUGAGAAAGAGGAAAAAGAAGAAGCAAGAUCAAAAUACAAAGAAGCUAAGGAAUCUUUUCAGCGUUUUCUAGAAAAUCAUGAGAAAAUGACUUCCACAACCAGAUACAAAAAAGCCGAGCAAAUGUUUGGGGAGAUGGAAGUUUGGAAUGCUAUUUCAGAACGUGAUCGGCUUGAAAUCUAUGAAGACGUUUUGUUCUUCCUUUCAAAAAAAGAAAAGGAACAAGCAAAGCAGUUACGAAAGAGAAAUUGGGAAGCCUUAAAAAACAUACUUGACAAUAUGGCUAAUGUUACGUACUCUACUACUUGGUCUGAAGCCCAGCAGUAUCUAAUGGAUAACCCAACGUUUGCAGAGGAUGAAGAGUUACAGAACAUGGAUAAAGAAGAUGCAUUAAUAUGCUUUGAGGAACAUAUCCGGGCUUUAGAAAAGGAAGAAGAAGAAGAAAAACAGAAGACUUUAUUGAGAGAAAGGAGGCGGCAGCGUAAAAAUAGGGAAUCUUUCCAGAUAUUUUUAGAUGAAUUACAUGAGCAUGGACAACUACAUUCUAUGUCCUCUUGGAUGGAACUGUAUCCAACUAUUAGUUCUGACAUUAGAUUCACUAAUAUGCUUGGUCAGCCGGUUUUUUCAUUAGGAUCAACUGCACUUGAUCUUUUCAAGUUUUAUGUUGAAGAUCUUAAAGCACGUUAUCAUGAUGAAAAAAAGAUAAUAAAAGACAUUCUUAAGGAUAAAGGAUUUGUAGUUGAAGUAAAUACUACUUUUGAAGAUUUUGUGGCAAUAAUCAGUUCAACAAAAAGAUCAACUACUUUGGAUGCGGGAAAUAUCAAGUUGGCUUUCAAUAGUUUACUAGAAAAGGCAGAAGCCCGUGAGCGUGAAAGAGAAAAAGAGGAAGCACGGAAAAUGAAAAGAAAAGAGUCUGCAUUUAAGAGUAUGUUGAAACAGGCUGCUCCUCCGAUAGAGCUGGAUGCUGUUUGGGAAGAUAUCCGAGAGAGAUUUGUAAAAGAACCAGCAUUUGAGGACAUAACUCUAGAAUCUGAAAGAAAAAGAAUAUUUAAAGAUUUCAUGCAUGUGCUUGAGCAUGAAUGCCAACAUCAUCAUUCAAAGAACAAGAAACAUUCUAAGAAAUCCAAAAAACACCAUAGGAAACGCUCCCGUUCUCGAUCGGGAUCAGAAUCAGAUGAUGAUGACAGCCAUUCAAAGAAAAAAAGACAGCGAUCAGAGUCCCAUUCUGCUUCAGAACAUUCUUCUAGUGCUGAGUCCGAGAGAAGUUAUAAGAAAUCAAAAAAGCAUAAGAAGAAAAGCAAAAAGAGGAGACAUAAAUCUGAUUCUCCAGAAUCAGAUACUGAACGAGAGAAGGAUAAAAAAGAUAAAGAUCGGGAAAGCGAAAAAGACAGAAGUAGACAGAGAUCAGAGUCAAAACACAAAUCACCUAAGAAAAAGACUGGAAAGGAUUCUGGUAACUGGGAUACUUCUGGCAGCGAACUGAGUGAAGGGGAAUUAGAAAAGCGCAGAAGAACACUUUUGGAGCAACUGGAUGAUGAUCAAUAAAUUAUACCAAAUAUAUGUUUAUAGUAUGAUUUAAAGUCUAAUUCAGACCAGGGAUUAUUUUAAGUUCAAUUUACAAAAUAACACUGGGUUUUAAUUGUGUCACAGGAAAAAAAGUGCAUUUAUGUAUUGUUAUUGUGGACUUUAUAAAAGCAAAGGAAAUUGAAAAUAACUUGAUUCUGUAUCAAGAAUCAUAUUUUCCUACAGUCAUAACUGUCUUUCUGUGACCCUUUCCUAGGGCACUGCAGGAUGGAUUAAAAGUGGCAAUUUACUGAUAGCUGCAGACGUCUCUACUUUGUUCUAAGUCAUGAGGUGAUUUGAUUUACUUUAUAGAAGUUGGAUUUUGACAAUAUAAUGAACAUUUUUUUUGAUAAUGUAGUACAAAAAAAGCACCAGCAACCCAUGAUUAGACUGCUUUUUUGUGCACUACUAAACUGGUUAAAGCCAACGUUAUCUUUUAUGGUGAGCUCUUAAAAAAUGGGUGUUUUUGCUGGAAACUUGGUAGACCUUUACCUGGUGGUGCUAAUGAGCACUGCUGUAAUAAAGCCACCAUUAUUUUUUAUGAAACAUCUGAAUACAUUUUAAAAAAGGCUAUGAGGGCAUUAUUUUGAGCAUCUAUUUUGAGGUGAUGUUUUAAAAUAGCUAACAUCAAAUCAAAUUGUAAAUUACUUUAAAUAUAUUGCCUUAAGGACCUACUAAAGAAUGUGCCACCGAACUUUUGAGUGAUAGUUGAAAUAUCCUUGUUAGGGGGGAGAAAAAUCAAUGUUGACUGAAACAUUUUCUUUGAAUUUUUAAUCCAAUCUUUCUCUUUCACUUUUUUUUAAUUCCAUUGAGGAGGUUGUAAAUUGCCUUCCUUAUUCACUGAGAAGUAUUGAAUCCAUGGUACACAGUCUAAAACAUUUCUGAUUUCAAUAUUUUUGUACAUUUUUAUCUAUUAUUAAACCUUCUCUUAUAGUGUGCACUAGUGUUUAUUUCUACACAAACUACUCAGCGUUAAGGAAAUUGUAUGAUCAUUUACAAGAUAAUAAAUCCCUGAAAUUUUGUUUCAUCCUU